AUGCCGCCGCUGCAGCCGCAAGCAGCAGCAGCAGCAGCAGCAGAAUCUCUCUUUGGGCUUUUCGAUUUGCUGCUGUUGCCGUACCGCCUGCGCAAGCUCACUCAUUGGCUUGCUGCUGCUGCUGCUGCUGCGCGGCCUCUCUUUGGCAACGACCAGCAGCAAACAGCAGCAGCAGCAGAAAGUAGCAGCAACGGCAGCAGCAGCGACAGCGGCGGCGGCAGCAGCAGCGGCAGCGGCAGCAAGCGUCGCGAGCCGUGGGCAGAAGGGGAGCAGCAGCAGCAGCAGCAGCAGCAGGGCAUUGAUGGUCCUGCUGCUGCUGCUGCACCACUGCUUCCAGCAGCGCCGACGACAGCAGCGCGAACAGCAGCAGCAACAACAGCAGCAGCAGGACCCCCGGCGCUGCUGCUUUGCUGUCCGUGGUCGCUGCAGGAGCAAAUCCUGCUAUGCGCGCAGCAGCUGCAGCAGCAGCUGCAGCAGCAGCAGCAGCAGCAAAUUGUUUCUUCCUUAUCUCUUUCAAUUUUUAUGGCUCACAACUCCCUGCAGCUCAGGAAGGUUUCCUUAUCUGCUGCUGCGUUGACAGCAGCAGCAGCAGCAGCGGGAGGCACUUCUCCUGACCCCGACAGCAGCAGCAGCAGCAGCAGCAGCAGCAGCAGCAGCGCUGCUUCGAGCGUCCCCGAGACCGAUUUGAAGCCUCCCCUGCCACGGCGGCAGCAGCGGCCGCCCCCGCAGCAGCAGCAGCAGCAGCAGCAGCAGCAGCAGGACUGGUGGCUGCUGGAAGCAGCAAACCCUGGGGGCCUUCGAGAGGCCUGGAGCCGCAGCGAUGUGCUGCUGCUGCUGCAGCUGCUGCGGGUCCCUUCUUUGGUUUUUGCUGCUGCCGACGAUCCCCUCACAAGUUCCUACGUAGACGUAUUUGCUGCAGCUAG